UUCAGAAUAUAGAAUUUAGUAGAGGCUUGGUCUCUUUUAUUCAUAAGAUGGGAAUGAACGCCGCUGUCGUCGCGGCACUGCUGAGUCUGGCUGUGAUGCGGCCGGCGGCAGCAGAAUCUACAGCAGAAAUCUUCGGUCGAUCAACAGCCUGUGCCUUGCACUGCUCCGCGCCCUCGACUUUCCAAUACACGAAAGGCAUGGUUCACGUAUUCGACUACCACGCGUCUGCCAAGUUCCUGAGCAACGGCCGGGAGCCGCAGCUCGGGGUGUCCGCGCGGGCACACAUCACAAUAGCCGGACCCUGUGAGAUGAUUCUCGCGCUGAGUCACGUGCGACUGACGGACUCGUCGGAGCCGCACCCCGAGUUCGCGGCGGCGCUCACCGACAAGCCCCUGCGCUUCGGCUUCGACGACGGCCGAGUCUCGGCCGUGUGUCCCGCCACCGACGAGCCGCUCUGGGUGCUCAACUUCAAGCGCGCGCUGCUCUCCACCUUCCAGAACUCCAUGAAGGACUUCGAAAAAACUAGACCCGUGAUAUCCGAGGAGAUUGACGUGAGCGGCAAAUGCGUCAGUAACUACACUGCUGUCAUCGAUUCCAGUGGUGGAAAAAUAAUUUCCAGCGGCUCUCUGAAAGAAGCCAUCUGCAGAGAGAACAUUAGGUACCCGAGAUUCUUUGGGGGAGACGACGACCAACCAAUUGCCAGCCUGACGACCAGACUCAAACUAUCAUACCAGUUCAAGGCAGACUUCGUCGUGGUGCCCAAUUCUGAAGCACGCAGGUCGACGUUAGCAAUGGAAUGGGAGAGCGGGGAGCCUGGGGAUCCUCCUCCUCAAUGGCUGUCGAUCGCGAGCGAAAUUAUCACAAGGCUGAAAAAUUACGCUCCUGACCCUGUGGCUUUUUACCGCCUCACCGAACUACUCAAGACUCUUGACUACGACAGGCUACGUGAACUAUUCCUUAGCAUUGAGCCCGAGACCUGGGAGAUGGCGACGGUUGGCUUCAUCAACCUCGGCACUGAGGCCUCCAUGAAGCUGCUGCAGGAUUUCAUUGUCAGCGGUGGACUUCCUUGGAACAUCCGCGGGGAUACCAUCUACAAUUUGUUGGAGAACUUUGGGUUGACCUCAGAAAUGAUCAACAUUUUGCUGAAAUUCAUUGAAUCGUCGUCCCUCGACAAACAAUUUGUUUCCAACAAAUUGAAGAACUAUUGCCUUAAGAAUGCAGAAUGCGAACAAGAUGAACGAAUUGGCAAACUUUUCAGCAAGAGCAUUGAAGAAAACUCCACUCCUGAAUGUAAAUUGGACAAUGAAACCGACACCAGCGAAGUAGCUUCAGAUGGCUAUGAUAGUUCACAGUCCCCAGGAUUCGGGUAUUUAAACCAACUUAAUGUUGAAAAAUUAGAAAAUUUCGCCAGCUUGGGUCGAUGGAACGAAAGUUCGGACAAUGCGCUACUUAAUUGUUCUCAAAGUGUUCACCAAAGAGAAUGGUACGGCGCCUUAGAAGCUCAAAGAAGUGCAAGAUGCGCAGAUUUUGAUUAUAAUUCAUUACUAUCUAUCGCUGAAGAGAAUAGAGAAGAUUCUUUCCGUCAAAUCAUGAUCUACCGCACUCUGGUCCGAUGCCCAAGUGUUGAAUUCAAGUCGUACAUUUUAAAGCGGCUGACGAAAGACGAAGUGAAUCAAGUUACUUCGUACAUGUGGACCCAUCUCACCAACCUGAAAAACGAGGGUUGGGCUACAGAACUGGUCAAAAAUGCAGCCCUCGUGUCUAAAUUUAGAGAAAAGUCGUUGAAAUUCUCUCGAAAUGUAAGAAAAAGUUUUUUCGUGAAAAAGAAGACGUAUGAUUUUGAGUUUAAUACAAUUUUCUCCGGGUUUUCGCUACGUCCUCAGUACUUAUCAUUCCAGAUUUUCUCUGAUGAUUUCACUCCCAGUGAAAUUUGGGGAUUGGAAUUAAGAGAAGUAAAUCAGACCGUGGAGACAAGGGAUUACUAUGAUGAGGUACGUAAAACUGAAACAUCGACUGUAUGCGCUAUUGACAUGAGAAUUCUGGGAAACAACGUCUACUCCAAGGAGAAGAGUUUCGAAGAUGCAUCAUUUGGGCUUUCAAGCGAUUAUCUGGUUGGAACUGUUGUUGAGUACGGGACAAGAAUGUUUGAUAUAUUUUCUUUUUCAUUCCUCGCACGGCUAUUCCAGAUUAACAGUUUUGAUGUCGAAUACUUCAAACAUCUUGACAUAGAUCUGUACUUUCCAACCUCCCUUGGUCUUCCUUUCCACCUAAAAUUGAACAAGACCAAAGGAUACCACGUGGAGAAUCUCGCACCAGCGUAUGGGAAGCAGUUCGAUGCGGCCAUGUAUAUUGAUGCGCACCACACCAAUGUUGGCUCCAAGAUGAUCACGCGCUUUGAUCUCCUGCCUGGCUUGAAUGUUUCAAAGCACUUUGACCGUUAUCAGCUUAUAAUUAAGUUGCCACACUUGAAAAAUUCCAUUGCCAAUAUAGAGAUGGGAGUUUAUAACAUCGAGAACGACAAAUUGACGCCAAGAUUUUCCAAUAAUGAAUCGCUUCUCGAGACAAUUUGCAUACCAGGUCUACAAAACAUAUCAGGGUCGACCGUGUGCAUAGAAUAUUGCCCCAAGACAUCAUGGUGGCCUAUUUAUAACUUCAAGUACAAUCUAAUAUACGAUAAGCAGGAGAAGGUUCAAGGCUAUAACAUAUCUGGCCGUUUUGAUAGCACUUUCGUUGACGUGGCGUACGAAGUCAUGGGUUGCCCUGAUUCCUCCUGGCGAGUUCAGGUAUACGAUUUGGCCGAGUUCCUCAACAUUAAACUGGAGACGCCUUUCUUUGCUCUCAACGGUUCUGGAAUUUACAAGCCAAAAGUUGCAGGAUUUGAACAUUUCGGUCAAGCUCUUAACAUGUCCGGAACAUUGAGAUGUAACGAUGACGAGGCACCGUUCACUCUAAUCGCUGAAUCGAAGAAAGGGCAAGACAAAAACAUGAAUGUAAACCUCUACUUCGACUCGCGUCUAUUCGAAUCGAAAUUAUUGUCGUCCGUCGGAUUUGGAAACAAUGGCUCUGCGGUCGUAACGAUUCCUUAUAAAAUAAAAGGGAAAACCGUCGAGACUAUAAACUUCGCUCUCUCUGGUAGUGAGUCAAAUAAAGUUGAAGAGUCACGGAUAAAACUUCCGUUUUCGGUGCCGUCAAAUUUCACAAGGCAAGAAGCCACGGCCUACGUCACAUUCUCCCAGUUUCCAGAGUUUGUUAUUGACUUCAAAGGCGUCUUUGAAGAUGACAAGGGAGACUUGGAUUUGGACUAUUACUCGUGGGAUUUCAAGCUUGCUUGUGGUAGCCAUUCCCUCACGUCUAUCAUGUCGACGUUGUGGAGCCGCAAAACUUUCGAAACGAACUCCACGCUUGUCUACAACAAACCUGACAAAGUUUGGAAAUGUGAAAAGCACGCGUUCUCUGAAGAUGGACAACACCGCGGGUGGACUGUGAUCAGUUGCAACGACGACCUGAUGCUGCAGGCGCAAGGGGAGUGCGGCGUAUCAAAGGAGCGUGGCAUGUACAGCAAUUCCAGCCUGGUCGUGCCCUCACAUCAGCCUGAUGCCAAGUAUCCUCUCAUGACAGUCACGUUUGACCACAACUUCAACGUCCUUGCACAACAUUACCAUGUUUAUUGCAAGAAAUCCUUCCGCGACAAGACACUCCAGCUGAACUUCACGUCCGACGUGGUGCUGGACGACAGAGGUGUCCCACAAGGCUUCGCAGAGAGCGCCUCUCACACGGGCUUCCUUGAGAUCUCAGGCAGCAGCAUCGACCCAUUCUUGGUGACUACCGACUCCAAACUCUCCAAGUCCCUACAAGACCUCGAACUCACCGCCGUCGUUCAAACACCAUUCGAUCGAUGGGAUAAGGAAGCGUUCAAGCUGAAGUUGCAGAAGAGGGGCGAUUACCUUCAGUCGACUCUAACAGAGAACCGAAGGCACGAGAGUGACUCCGUAUACGAAGUUGAAGGCUCCUUGGAUCACGAUAUCAUCUCCAACGUGCUUGACUGGACCUCCUUGAAACGUAAGGCUUGAAUGAAGGCUCCUGGGUGUGAUGAUUGGCUGCCACAUAAAGCAGCGGAAUUUCGGUCGAACAAGACCGCCAUAUUUUCAUGAAAUUGAAAAAUUCCGAUAAUCCAUAGGUUGCUGAUCUGUACCUCACUUAAUCAUUUGAAAUUACCAAUAAUAGUAUCAACGGUAAUUUAUAAAUAAAAUGUUUCCUGUGCUGCUUGAGCUAACUUCAUGUGAAAUAAUUUCCCAAGCUGUAAUGACUGAAAAUCUAUAGAAAUAUACAUUAUUAUCCAAUAUUUUGCUUUUGACAAUGAACAACGUUUCUCAUCAGUAAAAGUUUGGUUACACUUCUUUUAUUGUUAACUGUUGUCUUCCUAGUGCAACAAAUUGUUCACUAAAAAGUGGAUAACAUUUACAAUAAAAAAUCUGCGACUUUCAAUUCUUGAAGACUAAAUGAAUUAAUGAAUUUCUGCAGAAUUUAUACUAAUCUCAUUCAGACGUACUACGGUAAUAGCGCCGUACUAUGUUCUCUUUAGCAUUAGUUUUUUUCGGUAUGGGCAUGCACCUCCGUUACUUAUUACGCAAGAUUUAUUCUUAAGUGCUCUGUGUCAUUUAAUAAUUUCUCUCUAAAUUUCGAUCACCCAAUUUUUAUUUCUCGCACUUAUUUCCAAAGUUUACUUUCACUUCUACAUUGGCGACUCUUAUUUAAGUUAUUUGCUUUGAAGUUAUAUGUUUUCAGAGUAGUAUUAUGCAACUUUACUGUUAUUAUUCCGACAGCGAUAGUAUUUUAGUAGGAAGGGAAAUAAUACAUGUAUUAAUUCUGAUUCCUUAUAUUUUAAUCAGGUUCGGAAUAUUUGUUCGGGCUGUUCCAGAAAGCCUGUUCCCCAUUAACUGUCACUUUUUUGUAAUUUAUUACAUUUGCCAAUAUUGAUAA